AUGGCCGAAGAACAGAAGCCCGUCGAGGUCCCCAAGGAGACUGUCCCUGCCACCACCACCGAGCAGCCCGCUGCCGAGACGAAGCCCGUCGAGACUACGGAGGCUCCCGCCGCCGACGCGACCACCGAGACUCCGGCUGCUGCCACAGAGACCCCCGCUGAGGCCGCCGCCGAGGCUGCUGCACCCGUCGAGGAGGUCAAGAAGGAGGUCGUCCCCGUUGAGGAGGGUACCCUUGAGCACAAGGGCAUCAACUUCCCCAAGAACUUCAUCUACUCCAAGGAGUUCUUCUGGUUCGGAAACGAUGCCGUCGAGUCCAAGAACCUCUCUUCUUACCUGAAGAGCGAAAAGUCCACCGAGUCUGCUCACCACAACGCCGCCUGGGCUUCUCACACCGGAAAGGGUCUCCUUUUCUUCGGCGACAAGACCGCUCCUCAGGGUGUCAUCAACUUGGCCGAUGCCUCUGAGCCCGCCGCCGAUGGCGCCAACAAGUUCCACUUCACUGCCAAGGGCCACAAGCACACCUUCAAGGCUGCCAACGCCGAGGAGCGUGACAACUGGAUCUCCCAGCUGAAGCUCAAGGUCGCUGAGGCCAAGGAGCUUGCUUCCACCAUCACUGAGACUGAGGCCUACAAGACCGCCCUGGAGAGCCUCAAGCCUGCCAAGAAGGAGGAGAAGAAGGAGGAGAAGGCCGCCGAGGCCCCCGCCGCUGAGGUCCCCGCCGCCACUGAGACUCCUGUCACUGAGACUGCUGCUGCCCCCGUCGCUACUGAGGAGGCUGCCAAGGAGACCAAGGAGGAGGAGCCCAAGCGUCGCUCUGCUAGCCGCAAGCGUGCCUCCAUCUUUGGCAACCUGCUAGGCAAGAAGGAGGAGAAGAAGGAGGAGGCCACUCCUGCUACUGAGGCCGUCAAGGAGGAGACUCCCGCUGUCCCUGCGACUGAGACCCCUGUCGUUGAGGCUCCCGCCGACGAGACCCCGGCUGCCCCCGCCGCUGAGGCUCCCGUUGCUGCCAUCGAGACUGCUGCCGAGGACAAGCCUGUCGAGGCCCCCAAGGAGGAGAAGAAGGAGAAGCCCGUCCCUACCAAGCGCAACAGCAUCUUUGGUGUCUUCGGCAAGAAGGAGAAGAAGGCCGCCGUCGCUGCCGAGGCCGAGGCCACUCCCGCCCCUGCCACGGAGGGCGAGGUUACUCCCGCCACCGAGACCGCCCCCGUCAUCCCUCCUGUCGAAGCCACCACCCCUCUGGCCGUCGAUGUUGCCAACCCCAGCACUGUCCCCGUCGAGAUCAAGGAGACUGCUCCCGCCACCAACGGUGAGAGCCGCCCUGAGCUCAAGGAGAAGCGCAAGUCUUCCCUGCCCUUCGGCUUCGGCAAGCGCGACAAGUCCCCUGCCAAGUCCCCUGUCCAGUCCGACGGCGAGGACGUUGAGAAGCAGGAGAAGACCAGCGCCUUCUCCAAGCUCCGUGCCACCAUCAAGGGCCGUGGCAAGACUUCCGACAAGCCCGCCGAGAAGCUCGAGAAGACCGAGGAGACGCCUGAGGAGACCCCUGCCACCGAGGCCGCCUCGGAGACUCCCGUUGCCGAGACCUCCAAGGCCACUGAGGAGCCCGAGAACAAGCCCGAGAACGUCGCUUCCUCCACUCCUGCUCCUGUCACCGCCGCCGCAUAG